AUGCUAUUCGCACGCGAGCAUGAGACGCCAUCCAACAAGUCUCCCGUCGUGCGGGCGGUGUCUAUGAUAUUGAUGGUAGUCACGGUUUUCUCAGUCUUUAUUCGCCUUCUUACUCGACUUGCUGCCGUCAAGAGGCUUAAAUUCUCCACAUUCUUUACUUCUGAUGAGAUAAUGAUACUCACGGCAAUGAUUUUUGCAAUUGCUCAAUCGACAGUAGUCUAUUUACAGGGCUCUAAUGGGUUAGGCAAGCUUGAUGUAUCGCCAUCGCAAGUGUCUUACAUAUUAACGCGCCAACUCGGAUCCGAUGUACUCUUCUUCAUCACUCUUGGGUUGUCAAAGCUUUCCGCCAUGACCACCAUUUGGAACAUGUCGCCUCUCUCACACAAGAAGAUCUUGUCGAUUCAGGUACUCAUUGGAGGUUGGGUCAUAUCUGCGGCAUUGGUGAGAAGCUUUGCCUGCUCGUUGUCAAGUCCAUGGGAUUAUAUCAAUGGACGAUGUAUUAAUAUGGUAUAUUCUCCCAAAUUUUCAUCAAAUGCUUCUAAUGAUAUACAGGUAGCCUUCUGGAUUUAUGUCGACGCGGUGAAUAUUGCCACCGAUCUUCUGAUUACGGCUUUCACUCUUGGGAUAAUGGUCCAUCUACAAAUGCCUAUGGGGACCAAAGCCAUGGUUGUGGGAGUGUUUGGAUCUCGCAUUCUAACAAUCCCACCAACGAUAUCUCAUAUAGUUUAUUACAACCGCACGCUGAAGUCAUCAAACCCCAUAUUUGACAUGUGGAUGUCAACAAUCAUCAAUCAGGUGAUACAAUGCCUCGGCGUCAUGACAACCUGCAUCCCUUUCUGGUGGCGCUUUCUGAAGAGUUUGGAGUCUGGACAAAUGGGAGCAGGUGAUAUUUUCGGUGCAUUGAGCAGGAGCGACAAUACCAAGAGCGGGGGAACUUCAUCUCGGGGGCAGGCCUUUGAGUUGACAGGUAGACCGAGCACGGCAAAAUUUGGUAGGAUGUGGGACACGGAUGUGGCACGGCAGAACAGCCAGGAAGCCCUUGUCGAUCCUUCUGCUGGUACAGGGAAUUAG